AUGGACGUCGACGUCGACGCGUUCGCGGCCGCGCGCACGCGCGCGCACCUCGAGACGUACGACGCGUCGUACGAAACCUACAACGCGAUCGCCGCGCGCGCGACCGCGGAGGCGAGCGCCAGGGCGCUUCGAUACGUCCCGCCGAAGCCGCCGCUCGCGAGACGCGUCGUGUUCGCCAUGGGCGGGCCCGGCGCGGGCGUCGCGACGCAGUGCGCGAAGCUCGCGGCCGAGCGCGGCGAGGAGUACGUCCACGUGCGCGUCGGCGACGUCCUGAGACGCGCGGGCGAGGAGGGCGUCGAGAGGGACACGGAGGUGGGCGCGUUGAUCCGAGGGAUGCGCGUCGCGAAGGCGCUCGUGCCCACGGAGAUCGUGCUCAGGUUUCUUCGAGAGGAGAUGGACGCGUUGCGCGCCUCGAACAAGUGCGUGUUGAUAGAAGGGUUCCCGCGGACGUUGGAGCAAGCCAUCGCGUUCGAGGCCAAGGUUCGCGCCGUCGACUUCGUGCUGUUUUUCGACGGCGAGCCGGAGACGAUGGCGUUACGACUGCUCAAGCCCGGGCGCACGAUCACGAGAGCGAGCGUGGAGCGGCGGUAUGAGCAUUUCGUGGAGACGUACAUGCCGAUCGUGGAGCACUAUAAGUCGGAGGGGAUGGUGCACUCCAUCGCCGCGGACGCGAGCGUCGAGGAGGUCAACGCGGACGCGUUGGACGCGGUUGCGUUGGAAAACAUGACGCGGAGCGAGCUCAACCAGAUGCGCGUGACCGAGGCGGCGACGAGACGUCUGGAGAACGACCCGGCGUUCGCGGGCGAGAAGACGACUAUGAAGCCGCAGUGCUUCUUCUCGCACCCGUUCCCCGCGUACCUCGCCGCCGCGAGCGCGAAGAACGUGCGCGACGCGACGCGGAAGAAGGAUGAGUACCAGGUGCCCGCGGUGAAAGAUCUGUCCAAGUAUCCGAGGAGCGGGUCGUGGAAGCGGUGGCACGCGAACCACCCGAAGAAUCGGACGACGCGGCCGUCGACGAACGCGGGGUCGGUGCGGAGCGACGCGUGAGGAGAAGAGAGGAGCGAUUUUCGCGCGUCGUGGUGCGGUAUUUUUUACUUUCAUCGAAAGGAUUAGGUUAGCAUCAACUUUCGACUCUUUCUCA